GGAACAUGGCGGACAAGAAAGGCGACUCUGGCAGUGAAACAGAUAGUACAGAUGAACCAGUUGUUGGGAAUGUCAACAAAUUUGCUGUUGUUCCACCAGGUUACACAGGCAGACCAAAGAAAGGACAUCUAAUUUUUGAUGCCUGUUUUGAAUGUGGUAAUCUUGGAAGAGUGGACUAUAUUACAGAAUAUGAAUAUGACCUUUUCAUCAGACCAGACACUUGCAAUCCACGCUUCAGAGUGUGGUUCAAUUUUACAGUGGAGAAUGUCAAACAGGACCAGAGAGUUAUAUUCAAUAUUGUCAACUUCAGUAAAACUAAAUCCUUGUAUAGAGAGGGGAUGUCACCCUUGCUGAAAUCAACAAGCAGACAGAAAUGGACAAGGAUACCUGCAAAGCACGUGUAUUACUACAGAUGUCCAGACCACAGAAAAAAUUACGUCAUGUCAUUUUCAUUCUGUUUUGACCGUGAAGACGAUGUUUACCAAUUUGCCUACUGUUAUCCGUAUUCCUACACCCGUUUGCAGAAUUAUCUAGAUAACCUUGAAAAGAAAGGAAUGGACUUUUUCCAGCGAGAGCUGUUGUGUUUAACUGUGCAACAAAGAAGACUAGAUUUGAUUACAAUCACUCAUCCUGACAAUCUGGAAGCAGAGGAAACCAACCGCAUUGUGUUUAUAUCGGCUCGUGUUCACCCUGGGGAAACCCCAGCCUCAUACUGCUGUCAAGGAUUUAUAGAUUUUCUAAUCAGCAAUCAUCCAAUAGCCAAAAUCCUGCGAGAACAUGUGGUAUUCAAAAUAGUCCCAAUGCUAAAUCCAGAUGGUGUUUAUUUAGGAAAUUACAGAUGUUCAUUAAUGGGUUUUGAUUUGAAUCGACAUUGGAGUGAACCGUCACCGUGGGCACAUCCAACAUUAUAUGCUACCAAAAAUCUCCUGAUGGAACUAGAUCGCAGUAAACAUUCAAUUGACUUUUUCAUAGACUUACAUGCACACUCGACAUUAAUGAACGGUUUUAUGUAUGGUAACACUUACGAUGAUUUAGAGAGAGUGGAAAGACACUCCGUGUUUCCCCGACUUUUGUGUACCAAUGCUGAAGAUUUUUCACUGGCAAACACAAAUUUUAACAGAGAUGCUGUCAAAGCAGGGACUGGGAGAAGAACACUGGGAGGAUGUUUGGAUGAGAAUUCUCACUGCUACACAUUAGAAGUGUCUUUCUUCAGCUAUCAGACCAAUGCAUCAAGCCAGGCUCUGCCAUACACUGAGGAAGGAUAUAUGAAACUUGGCAGAAAUCUAGCAAGAACUUUUCUAGAUUACUACAAGUUAAUUAAUGUAAUCAGUGCUAAACCCAGCAGUAGUAUAGUACCUAAGCCAGGGCGAUUCAGCAUCCGAGACCGGCAGGCAGAAAGAUCAAACACUGACCCUCCCAAUGAAGGGGGAGGAUAUCGAUUUGAGGAUCGUAGCAUUCGCAGGUCAUACCAAAGAGACUUUAGCAUCAAUAGCAGCAAUGCUUUCUCAGAAUCUUCCUCUUCAAUUCGUCUCCAACUGAAGGAAAGUCGACGAUAUUGAUACUCCUUUAAUAAACUGACUGUUUAAUUCCACUCAAAAUGAUAUUGACAGUGUCACCUGAUUUAUAAUGAUUAAAUGUCAAAGGUAGCAGAAAUUGCUGUGCAUGCCAAGUCACAUUGUUGAUCAUUUUGAAAUAAUGGGAUUAUUCUGAAAUUAUGGGCAUAAAAAUGAUAUGCAAUCUGACAAUUUUUUUUGUCAUGAACAAUGAUGUUACAUUGAAUUAAAUGCCAUUAUCAUGAGGUAUUUUUGUAUAACCACGAUUUGUUGUAAAACUGUAGAUUUUUUUUUCUAUAUAAUAGAAUGUCAUUGGACUGUGAUAUAUAUUUAUGUCAUAUUUAUAUUUUCUAUGUGGCUGUCCAUAGAUUAUGGAUGGCCAUAUAGACAUUGUUAUUUUACACUGAAUAGUUUUAUUUAAUGUAUUUGAGGACAAGCAAAACAUGUACACGUUAUAUUUUAUGUUGUGCCAAUUUCUCUGAAACAGUUGUAUGUCAGUGAGCUUUCAAAACAAUUGUGAUCAAACUUCAAUUUAAAGUCAGUUAAAUGUAAAUUUUAAACUUACCAAUCAUAUUCAAACAAACUGACUUAUGUCAAAAGACAAGUGCUCUAUAAAUAUACAUGAUGGCACUGUUUCUGCGAUUUUUUUUUCUCAUGAGUUAUACAUGUAGAUGUUCUCCAAAUCUUUAUUUUAUAAUUGCUCAACUACUUUGACUGCAUGCAGCAAAAAUUUUACCUGAACAUGAUUAUUUUAACAUUUAAUCAGAUCAUAUGGUCAUGAGUUAUUUGUCAUGGAGUUUACAAUAUAUUAUAUAGAAUUUCAUAUUUUUAUUUGACUGGAGGAGCUUAUGCAUAUGCAUGUUAUAUGUAUGGCAUCUGCCUGUUUGAAUACAAUUUUUAAAAAUAAAACACCUCCUACAAUUUAUGUUCAGUUUGAAUUAAACCUGAUACAUAUGCAGUACAUCAAGAUUUUAUAUCAAUACACAAGUAUCUACAUAUAUGAAACAAUUAUUAUAAUCUUUUUUAUAUGAGCUGGCAGAAGAUACAUGUUUCAACCAAUUUUUUUAAAUUUUCAGAUUCACAUUGAUAAUCAAAAUGCUACAUUUGACAGGAUGUGGAAUGUUGGGUAAUUUCUAUCAGGCUAUGGAGGGUCAGCAUGGCCAAUAAUGAUACAUGUACUUCAAUUGUUUAUGUAGAAAUAAAGUGAGAUAAAAUAGACACUUGAAAUAUUUCAGGAAUGUACCGGUACUCAAAGUUUUUCAGUUGUAUUAUAAAUACAUGAAUUCACAUUUGUUGGGUUUUAAAAUGCAUGUAGUCACAAGCUGAAGUAUUUAAUAACCCAACUUGUUCAAAAUGUCCACAGAUACAAAUCCAUUUACCCUGUAAUAUUCAGUUUAUACCCUCUUUUAAUGUUGAAGAAUGGUGUUACUGCUGUUAUUUUUAAAAUGUUUACAAUUUAUGGGAAAUAAAAGAAAUUUAGUGAGUUUAUGAUUGCAUAUUCCCUUUUUACAAAGACUUUAGUCCAUACAAGAACUGCUACAGUCUUGACAGAGACUUCUGGUUAUUUUUAGAUUGUUGAUAAUUGUCUCAAGGAGGCAUAGUUUGUUGAAUGAAUGGAUGUUUCACCAAUAAAUAUAGUUUAUUUACA